AUGAUAUUUUAAUCUUAGAAUGGAUAUAUUUUUGGUGCAUAUUCUCCAUGUUAAUGGUAAUAGAAUCUAAGAAAUUAUGUUUAAGAUGAUACAUUAUCUUCAUUUUUAUUCUCGUAAACACAGGAUUAAAUAUAUCCUUUGAUAUAAGAUAGAAAAUAAUAUGCUAUUUAUUGCAAUAGCGGAUAUGGGCCGACAUUUGGAGGAGGUCAUGAUCUACACAUUAAUGCCAAUUUUAAGGAUGGUCAUUAAAGUUUAGGUCAUACAUAUGAGAACAAAUCUUCUAAUUUGUUUGGAUAAGACAAACCAAAUAUUAGCGAAUGCGAAAUAUUUGAAUUAAAAUUUAUUUGA